UUCUAUUCAUAAAUUACGUUUAUGAGUGAGAAUCUGAAAAUUUAAACGACUCGAAUGUUCGACUAUGGUGAAAUAGGAUUCCACUAUUUACUCUUUAUAUUUCCAUAAUAAUAGUCUUAAAUUUAUGUUUUGAUUUGUAAAAUAUAUUUUUAUGUUGUAUUAUAUUAAAUAAGUUAAAUAAAUUAUUAUUUUUUUAAAAUGAAGUCCUCCUCUCAGGAAGGCAGAUCUUUCUCAGAAGAUAAGAUUAAACAAAUACUUGACAUUUAUUCAACCAAAAGUUGGGACAAAAUAUCCUCCGAAAUUCCCAAAAAUGGACUUAAAGUUCCAGGAAAUUCUCAAAAGCUUCCAGUUUAUGAUGUUUGUAAACUCGGUCGAGAGCUUAUGGAAUCCUUAUCCAAGAAAUACGUCACUAUCGCAUGUAAAAACGAUUCAGAGGAACGCUGGCUCCACAUUUCUGCUCAAGAUCCCUUUAUUUAUAAAGAAGGUAAAAAGUCUUCAACAUUUUCUGAUAAAGUAGACUCUAUGGUAGUUUUAAUUCACAACAACUGUGUUUUCAACUGGAGAAUGUUCUCUGAACUUAUGAAACUAGUUAAAAGUGAAAAGUUAAGAGUCAAGUCAAGUUGCACUGAUCUAAUCUAUUCUGCUUUUAUGGAAGUGUUGCCUGGCCGUAAACUUCGUUACAUUAACGAGAUUAACAAGGAGGUUAUUGAUUUUUUAGGAUACAAGUUAUUUCACUUUUCGAAAAAUCAAAAUUCUUGGGACACUUUAGAGUUGGAGGUGGUUAAUUUACUCCUGUCCAUAACUUUUGAGGAUUAUUUAAAAGGAAUUUACUCUACAUUCAUUCAGGAGCUUUCAGAUGUGAUGAAUCGAGGAGUAGAUUUCUUACAGAUAAAGGCUUCCAACAUAGCAUUACAAAUGCUAAUCCAAAAACCUGAACAGGAAGAAAUCCUUCUUGAUCUAAUAAUAGCAAGGUUAAGCCAUAAGGACAACAAAAUGUCUUCUUAUGUGUUUAAAAUGCUUGAUACUUUGCUUUUAAAUCACAAAAAUUUGAAAGGGAUUGUGGUCAAAAAGAUAUUGACCAAGGUUAAAAGUCUACUGCCCAAGUUACAAUGUGAACUGGGUAAAGGUUCUCCAGGGGUGAAAGUAUCGAGACGCAGGAAGAAAAGAAGGAAACUGACCAUAAACAAUGAAUCCAUACAAAUUCUCAAGACCAUCUAUCGCUGUACACUAUAUAUCUCAAAACUACACUACGCAAAGUCUGAUUAUUCUAUUGUAAAUGUUAUUUUAAAAGACUUAAUUGAUAUUUUAUUACUAUUUAUAAGUCAGAAUUCCACUAACAACGAUAAGAACACCACAAAUGAUGCUACCAAGGCUACCAAAGGCCCAAAUGUACUACUAUGUAAAUACGAGGAAUGUGAUAAGAUAAUAAAGACAUUAUUACUAUUUAUUAACAAACUAUUAAAUUAUUAUAAGAAUACUGAUGUUUAUUCUCAAAAGAAAUCACUAUUCAACAGCGGAGUAAUACAAAACUUGUAUGACCUUUCCUACAAGACAAAGUCCAGGUCAAUCACCAUAUCAGCAUUAGUUUUAAUGUAUCAUAUAAGUCCAAACAGUGAUGAAUAUUACAAGUUACUGUACAAUAAGGCGUUCAACAUUAGACUUUAUGAGUCCACCAGUGUACCCAAGUUCUUGGAACUGAUCCAACAAAUACUGGAGAAGAAAAAUCCAAAAAACUCCAUAUUAAUAAAAAAACUUUUACAAGUCACCCUUUGCAAUUGUAACAGCAAUAUUAACAGUGAUAUUAUCAACACUGUACUAAAAACCACUAACAAUGAUAACUGCUGGGAGCUUAGACUACACAAACUAUCAUAUAAUCCAUUUAUCAUCAGUACACUUGAACGAAAAUACAAUAAGGAUGAUGAGAAUUAUAAUUUAUAUAAUGAAUUGAGUGUGUUUAGCUCAUCCCUACAGCUGGACUACACACUUGAGAAGUAUUGGAGGAAUCGUCAAAGUUGCAAAUUACACCAAAAACCAUUUCAACUAUACUAUCAAUCAAAGUUAAAUCUACAGAACAUAAAAGAUUCUCAUUCUUUUGAUGGUAUUAGUGUUACUGAUGAUAUCACUGAACUGGAUGAAGAUGAGCCUAGUGAGGAUUUGAGUGAUGUGGAUUUAACUGAAGAAGAUGACUUAAGUGAUGAUUUUACAGAUACUGACGAUGAUUCAACUGAUGAAGUAGAUGAGGAUGAAUGAAAACAAUAUAUUACAUUACUUCUUUUAUGUUUAGUGUAAUUAAUUUGAAGGGUGCAUUAUUUGAAUCUCUAUACACAG